UUCUGAAGUAAGUUCCCCAGGACAGCAGCUUCUCAGAGCUCUGGAGCACUUGGAUCAUGGCUUUUCUGUGGCUGCUGCUUCUCAAAGGGGUAUCCACAUUCUUCCUGGGGGUGUUUGUAUGGGUCAUCGUACAGCACCUUCUCACUGUUGAAAUUCCACCUGCCCUGAAGCAUCCAGCCAAGUUAAGGGUUCUGCAUUGCAUGUUCCUGUAUGUGUUAACCCUGGGAAACAUACUAGAGAAACUGAGAAUUUGUACCAUGCCCAGGUUUUUACGAUUUUUCCAAAAUAUAUUCCCAAUAAGGAAGAAUCCUAAUGUGUUGGUGACUGACAUAAGGUUAGGGACUGUUCCUGUGAGGCUGUUCAAGCCCAAAAAAGUGUCUUCCAACUACAGGAGAGGCAUCAUAUACUACCAUGGAGGAGCUGCAAUAUUUGGAAGCCUAAACACUUACCAUGGCCUGUGCAGCUUCCUGGCCCAUGAGACAGACUCAUUGGUGCUGUUGGUGGGGUACCGCAAGCUUCCUGACUACCAUCACCCUGUCCUUGUCAAUGAUUGCCUGAAUGCUACUAUCUACUUCUUGAAGAAUCUGGAAAGUUUUGGGGUAGACUCGUCCCAGGUGGUGCUCUGUGGUGACAGUAUUGGAGGUUGGGCUGUGGCCACAAUCACCCAGAUCUUAAAUAGCAUCCCAAAUCUACCUCAAAUUCAGACUCAGGUCUUGAUUUGCCCAAUUCUGAACUUUAUCAGUUUUCAGUUGCCAUCCCAUCAGCAAAGCAAAAAUGUGCCAUUUCUUACCAGAGACAUAUUGCUUAAGUGGACUUGUAAAUACCUGGCCAUUGACAUCUCUUGGAGACAUGCCAUGUCAGCAGGUGCAGUUAUACCUCUGGACAAGUGGAAGAAAUACAGGAAAUGGCUCAGCUAUGAUAACGUUCCCAGAAGGUUCUGGAGCCAAGACACACAACCUAAGGUUCUUGGACCUUUCAAUGAGGCUGCUUAUCUAGAAACCAAACAGGUUUGGAGUGUAGAAAUUUCAUCUCUCCUAGCAGAUGACAGGAUCAUUGCUCAGCUUCCUAAGACAUUCCUGGUGAGCUGUGAGCACGACAUUCUUCGGGAUGAUUCCUUGCUCUACAAGAAGCGCUUGGAAGACCAGGGGAUCCCUGUGAGUUGGUGCCAUGUAGAAGAUGGCUUUCAUGCAUGCAUCAAUUUUUUUGAUAAGCAGCCUUUCUCUUUCCCCUGUUCCAUGAAAAUUGUAAAUGCUGUUGUCAGUUACAUAAAAGAUGUGUGA